UUUUUGUUCUGGUUGCUUAUUUUAAUCUAUUAGUAUGAGAUUAGAUUUCUCCUGUUUUUACACCACACUUCCUUUUGGCAAUACAAAUGCACUUUAUCUGCCACGCCAAUAAAACACAUGGAAAAUAAAUAAAUUAAUUAAAUAAAUAAACAAACUGAGACGCGUGCCCGCGCGGAUUACGUGCCUAUGAGCGCGCGCACCUCGGUCAGUCUGACGUCACAGUGUGGGUGUCGUGUUAGAGGAGGCGCUCGCGCACAAGGCACAGACGGUGCGGGUUUUUUUUUUUUUUUUUUUGUACAGCACUCGGUAGCUCGAGCAGUUCUCCAUCAGCGCUAAUGCGAGUGAAACACCUCUCAGAGUCGCUUCUGCUCAAACUCCACGCUCGGAGCCUCGGAGGCAUGACUCCUCCGGGGUGGGAUUAAUCCGCUCAGAGGAACUACAUGCGAUACCUGCCACAUGUCGUGUACGGGUCUGAAACGAACGCUGGAGCCGGAGGACGAGGACAAGCCCGAUACCCAGCCCAAGAUGGCGGCCGUAUGGGCCGAGUCUUCCACGUUGUACUCACGGCAGAGGCAGACGGUCUUGCAGCUCUCGCUCCAGAAACUGUGCCAUGUUCCAUCACUGGGCCGCCGUGUCCUCAUUACUAACACGCUCCGGCUCAUUCAGGGUGAGAUCGGACACCAGGGGGCGCCGCGUCCGAGCCCCCCGGCCGAGGACAUCCAGAGAUUUUCACAGCAUCAAGCGCUCGAGGUCAGUUUGACCCCGGCGUGGGUUCUAGAGCAGGACGGUGAGCCGGAUUUCUCUCCAGACUCCUCUGUUUCACCAAAGGAUGGCUUCGCCUCAACGUUGGCAGAAAUCGACGAGGCAAGCGCCUUUUCCUCACCUUCGCUCCCGGAACCAGACACAAACACAAUCGAAAAAGAAACUCCAAUGCAGACCAUCUGCCUCGAGUCUCACUUGGACUUCGCCCGGCCCACCGUAAGCCACACCCCCUCACCAACUCCACCCUUCCUCCCCGACCUCUCGCUGGAUGACUUCCUCUUCUCAGACCUUGACAACUUCCUGUGCGAGUUGAACCCUUGCACCUUGAACCUGAGUCCCAGCCCGGGCUCACAGUCAAAGGUCGUCUCCAUGGUGACGGACGAACUCGUCCGGAGCUUGACAAACCAGCCAUUCAAAACGGACCUGAACGAACUGGAGCACAUUAUGGAGGUGCUGGUCGGAUCAUGAGACCAAUUUUUUUAUUUUUUAAAAUUUUUUUUAAACGACUAGAAUUAUUUACACACACACACUUAUAAAUAAAUUCUGUUUUCUUUUAAAAAGAAUUGUUCAGAAUAAGUCAGGGAGUCUGGGGUUAGCUUAAAUUAAACAUCUAUAAAAACACAAGGUAAAUCGCAUUACUGCAGUGUUUUAAAUUAUGGGCUGUAGCCCGACCCGGUGGCCAUGGUAACGAUUGUAUAUUUAUUUUACGCAGUUUGCAUGUAUUUAUUCUGGCAGUCAAUACAGGGAUGUAAUAUAUGAGAUUUUUCAGCUCUAUUUUUGUUUGAAUAGAUUUGACACUUUUUAAUAGAUAUAAAAAAAGGUACACUAUUUUGCUACUGAAAUGAUUUUGAAAUAAAGGUGAAGGUUUUGUAGAUGCGUGACUCAGUGCUUUCCUGUAAAACGUAACGGAGCGUUCCAUUCUCAUCUCCGUGGGGUGGUUAUUAUACUCGCCCCGGAACUUCAUUUCGAUUUCUUUAAGCUGAAAGAUUCCUAGAGUCAAAUUCCAUGAGUACUAAUAGAACACCAUCACGACCC